UGGCGAAGAUCUGGCCUGCCAGCCAAUCCGGGCCGUUCGUUCUCCCUCGACGUCACCUUCCCUCGAACCUGCAGCAGCAACAAUAACAAUAACAGACGGGAUCUCUCCCUGGGGUCGAUCAGCUGGGCGUGCGCGGCUGGCUCCCGAAACAGGCAGCAGCUGCUACUGUCAGCGGCGUCAGCGGGAAGAGAGCAGCCGAGAGAGAGAGAGACUCCAAAAUAGACGCGCUUCUUUCCCAGGAGCCAUGUCGGCGAGCGAGGGGCUGGGGGUGCAAGAGGAGAACUUGCAGGGUUCCUGGGUGGAGCUGCACUUUUCCAGCAAUGGGAAUGGUAACGGUGCCCAGCCAACAAGCCAGGAGCAAGGCCCAGCCUCGAUUUCUAUUCACAAUGGCGACAUGGAGAAAAUCCUUCUAGAUGCCCAGCAUGAGUCUGGAAGAAGCAGCUCGCGAGAGAGCUCCCAUUGUGACAGUCCUCCUCGAUCCCAGACGCCUCAGGACAUUCACAGAGCUUCUGAAGUCGAGAGCCAUGGCAGCGGAGAAAAGAAUAGCUCUCAGUCUGAGGAAGAUUUUCAGGAAAGAAGGAAAGAAGUUGAACAGCUUUUGAAGAAAAAUUCUGAUUGGAUGUGGGACUGGUCCAGCAGGCCUGAAAACAUUCCACCCAAGGAAUUUCUGUUUAAACACCCCAAGCGCACUGCUACCCUCAGCAUGAGAAACACGAGCGUGAUGAAGAAAGGGGGCAUCUUUUCUGCUGAAUUUUUGAAGGUUUUUCUGCCAUCUCUGUUGCUUUCCCAUCUGCUUGCCAUUGGAUUAGGGAUUUAUAUCGGAAGACGGUUGACAACUACAGCUUACAGCAGCAGUUCGUUAUAAGAUGGGAACAAAUCUUCAUCUCCUACAAAAACCAUGACUACAUUCAUCCAGACAUGCAAAAUGGUGAACGAAAAGGAACUCCUGUGCGUGCAGAAGUGACACAGCUAUGUAUGUUUUGGUCCCUAAAUGUUGUGUGCUCUUGGGGCUUUUUCUAAUUGUAGAGGGAAAGAUUCAAAACCAACACCAAACGACUCCUUUGUAAACUAACCUCUUGUCGCUCAAGUCAUAAAAGCAAAUUUUUGACAGAGGUCUUUAAAUGAACUGUGUGUUUGUGAACAAAAUGUCUAUAUUGAAAAUUAUGUAGUAAGGGAUUAAACGGUUCGUCUUGUUUCACUUUUGUAAAAAAGAAAUUGGUUUGGGUUGUUGUUGGUACAACUUGAUUGAAUAGCAAGAAUAUUUGGUCAAGAGUAUUAUGGCCGUACAUUUCUAAAGGCUGGAGUCUGUGAAGCAGUUUACUGAUUUUCUUUAAGAUACCUCUCUAAAUCCUAAAUACAGGUUUGUGAGUUUUAGUAUGGGAUCUUUCCAUUAUGUUUUAAAAAGGGAAAUGCAUAUGCAACAGAAGUAAAAGCAGUGUGGUAAAUAAGCCUGCAACACAGAGUUUAUACAAUGGUACCUCUGGUUACGUACUUAAUUCGUUCCGGAGGUCCAUUCUUAACCUGAAACUGUUCUUAACCUGAAGCACCACUUUAGCUAAUGGGGCCUCCUGCUGCUGCCACGCCGCUGGAGCACGAUUUCUGUUCUCAUCCUGAAGCAAAGUUCUUAACCCGAGGUAAUAUUUCUGGGUUAGCAGAGUCUGUAACCUGAAGCGUAUGUAACCCGAGGUACCACUGUAUAUCCAAUGAUUACCCUUGCUGAGGUAAGCUAUCUAGCCAGUCACAAUUUAAGAAUGGCAGACCUGCUGAGCCCAAAGCCUUGUUUUCCCUCAUGUCUGAUACUCAGAGGUAUCUGGUCUUAACAAUUUUCUUGAGAAUUACCCAUUAAUGAACUUUUUACAGGCACAUGUGCCUUAGUGCAAGCUAUCACUAGGCUUCAGUGCAGGUUUUAGCAAUUGGCCCAUUUGAAAUCAAGUUUUACACAAGGAUGAACAUGUGCUAAACAUUUGCAACUUUUACACUUUUGCCCAUCUUGAAUCUUUGCAAGUUCAACAAUGGUUUUAAAUACAAAACUCCAGUUGUGAUUUUAUCAGUUAAAUAAGUUUUGAAUAUCAUCACAGCCUUAUUGAAAAGCAGCAAGGAAUGUUGUUUUUGCAGAAACUUAUUAUGAGUUAAAUAGAUGCUUGUGUAUGGUACUACAGUAUUUACAACUAUCAACCAAGGCAUUUUGGUAGUCAAGCACUUCCAAAGACAAGUAUAUUUUCCAAUACUCUAUUGAUAUAGCCUAGAAUAGCAUUAGCCUAUUUUCUUACUGCAUCACUGUUAAGCUUAGGGUUUACUAAUAUCCCUAGAUCUUUUUCACAUGCACCAAUGGCAAGCCACAUGUUCCCCAUCUUCUAUUUGUGCGGCUGGCGAUUGUUACAUUUGUCCUUAUUGAAAUUAAUUUUGUUUGUUUGGGCCCAUUUCUCCAAUCUGUUAAGGUCAUCUUGAAUCCCAAUUCUGUCUUCUGCAGCAUUGACAACUUCUCCCAGUUUGGUGUCAUUCUCUUGUGUAAGUAGUCUAAAAAUAUCUUGAUUAAAUGAAUGUGGUGA